AUGACUGGAAGAGGAAGAGAGUUAGCAGAUGUUUUGAAACGACGAAGAGUGAAUGUUGCCUGUUUGCAGGAAACAAAGUGGAAGGGCAAUAAAGCAAGAGAGAUUGGGGAGGGAUAUAAGUUUUAUUAUUGUGGAAGUGAUGGGAAGCGAAAUGGAGUAGGAGUUGUGUUAGAUAGUGGAAUGAAAGAACGAGUGACAGAUGUGAAAAGAGUAAAUGACAGAAUGAUAGUUGUUAAAUUAAUGAUUGAAAACAAAGUAGUGAAUGUUGUAAGUGUGUAUGCUCCGCAAACAGGCUGUGAAGAGAGUGUGAAAGAGAAGUUUUGGGAGCAAUUUGAUUGUAUGAUGAUGGGAAUACCUGAGCGUGAGGAUGUUUAUAUGGGAGGAGAUUUUAAUGGACAUGUAGGGAGAGUGAAUGACGGGUAUGAAAGAGUACACGGUGGAUGGGGGUACGGAGUGCGGAACCGUGAGGGGGAGGUUCUUCUGCAAGCAGCAUAUGCUUUCGACCUGGCUGUAGUAAACACGUGGUUCCAAAAACGAGAUCAGCAUCUUGUUACUUAUAAAAGUGGCCACCACGCGACACAGAUCGACUAUCUUCUGAUAAGACGGAACCAAAUCAAGAGUGUAAAAAACUGCAAAGUGCUUCCAGGUGAAGACUUAGUAUCCCAGCACCGAAUUCUGCUGGCUGACAUCUGCUUAACUGUUCGCCUCAACAAACAUAAGGAUCGUCCCCCACCCAAAAUAAAGUGGCAUUUGCUGCAUAAGGAGGGGUAUGCAAGUGAAUUUAGAGAGCUAGUUGUAAACAAGAUGAUAGAGAUGGGUGAUAUGGAAGGAAUGAGUGUGAAUGAGUGCUGGAAGGAAAUGGCUGAUUGUAUCAGAAGUGUGGCAAGGAAGGUGUUAGGAGAAACAAAAGGGAAGCGUAUGAUAGAUAAGGAUGGGUGGUGGUGGAGUGAAAGUAUUAGAGAAGUUUUGAGAGAAAAGAAAAAUGCCUUUAAAGAAUGGCAGAGCGUAGAAGACCAGAAUGAAUCCAUAAAAGAAAGUAAGAGAGGGGCGUAUAAAGAAUGUAAGAAGAGAGCGAAGAAGGAAGUUGCUAUUUGUAGGGCAGAGGCGCACGAUAAAUUAUAUUUGUCCCUUGAAAGCCCCGAAGGUCAAAAACGACUUUUUCAAAUUGCAAGAGCGAGAGAAAGGAAUGGAAGAGAUGUUUCACAUGUAAAAUGUAUAAAAGAUGAUUCUGGAAGGAUUUUGACUGACGAUGAAAGUAUAAAGAAGCGAUGGAAGGAGUAUUUUGAGAAAUUGAUGAAUGAGGAGAACGAAUGGAAUGGUAUGCUUGAAAACCCACCAGUGAAUAUGGGCUUAGUGAGAGAAAUUAGUGUGGAAGAAGUAAAAAUGGCUGUUAGGAAUAUGAAGAAUGGGAAGGCGGUCGGCCCAGAUGGAAUACCAGUAGAAGUGUGGAAGUUGCUGAGGGCGGAUGGAUGGAAGUGGUUGAGUUUAUUUUUCGGUAAAUUGUUGCAGGAAGAACAAAUACCUGAGGAAUGGUGCAGUAGUAUACUGGUUCCCAUUUUUAAAAACAAAGGAGACGUUCAAAACUGCAGCAGCUACCGGGGAAUAAAGCUCAUGUCACAUACGAUGAAAGUCUGGGAAAGAGUAAUAGAGAGAAGAAUGAGAGAAGAGUGUGAGAUAACACAAAACCAGUUCGGAUUCAUGCCCGGUCGAGGUACGACAGAUGUCAUUUUCGCAUUACGCCAAUUGUGCGAAAAGUACAAGCGCGUGCAUAAAGAUCUGCACAUGGUUUUUGUCGACCUUGAAAAGGCUACGAUCGGGUUCCCCGUGAGGUCGUGUGGUGGGCGUUAA